AUGCGUGGAUCUAUCCUCUGGGUUUCGCGUUGGGUCAAUCCCUUUCGCCAUCAAUGGACCCUGCCGGCGUUUGGGGGACCUCCUAACAGAGUCGCCUCCAAACGUGCGGCUCAAGUGCUGCUACCUCGAAUCUCUAGAAACGGAGUGCGGUGCUUUUCGUCCUACCCGCCUGCCUUUUUCUCGAUUGGCCAUGAUUCGACCAUUUACGCGCUUUCCACUGCUCCUGGGAGGGCUGCCAUUGCUGUGAUUCGGGUAUCUGGAUCUGCGUGUGUAAAGAUCUACCAAGCCCUCUGUCCUUCGUCACCUCUUCCCAAACCACGCGUUGUGGCACUCCGAACUCUGUAUGAUCCUACGCAGACAGCUUUGAGUAAGAACAGCGUGCUCGACGCUGGCGCUCUGGUACUGUACUUCCCGGGCCCGAAGACAGUCACAGGCGAAGAAGUUCUAGAGCUGCAUGUACACGGCGGUCCGGCGAUUGUAAGGGCUGUUCUCGGGGCGAUCGACCGCGUCAGCACGCCCGACAGCCUCAUCCGCUACGCCGAGCCGGGCGAGUUCACCCGUCGGGCGUUUAUGAACGACCGGCUUGAUCUACCGCAGAUCGAAGCCCUCGGCGACACCCUCCAUGCUGACACAGAGCAACAGCGUCGGCUAGCGGUACGUGGCGCCAACGAUGCACUCUCCAAGCGAUACGAGCAGUGGCGCCAUCAAUUGCUCUAUGCCCGGGGCGAGUUGGAAGCCCUGAUUGACUUCUCCGAGGACCAAUACUUUGAUGAGUCGACAGAGGAGCUGGUCGAUUCUGUUGCCUCGCAGGUGCGUGCCCUGCAACAGCAGUUGAAUUUGCACAUCCACAAUGCAUCUAAGGGAGAGCUGCUCCGGAAUGGGAUCAAAUUGGCAUUGUUGGGCGCUCCAAACGCAGGGAAAAGCUCUCUUCUGAAUCAGAUAGUGGGUAAAGAGGCGGCGAUUGUCAGCGCAGAGGAAGGCACAACUAGGGACAUUGUGGAUGUUGGGGUCGAUAUUGGCGGGUGGUACUGCAAGCUCGGCGAUAUGGCCGGCAUUCGAUCCGAAACAAAUGGUUCUGGAGUUGGCCAUCGCAGUGGCCUAGUGGUCAUCGGUGCUGUUGAAAAGGAAGGUAUCCGACGGGCCAAGGCGCGUGCGAUGGAGUCGGACGUUGUCAUUGUGGUGCUCUCGCUGGAGACCAACGGUGGUAGCGAGAAAUUAUAUCAGUUAUCCGUGGAGCCGGAAGUCCUGGAGGCCGCAAAGGACUGUGUCGAAGCUGGCAAAUGUCUUGUUGUUGUGGUCAACAAAUGCGACAGGAUUCCUCUGGAGACUCGAGAAGCGACGGGAGACAUCCCACAGGGGCUGCAAGACCGUAUUCACAGUCUGUUUCCUGUGGUGCCUGCAAAUCGUAUUUUCGCCAUCUCCUGUUUGGAAGCACAAGGUCUCACAGACUCUCAGCGUGGAAUUGACCCAGGUGGGAUCCAGACUUUCUUGAAAGGGCUUGUUACCACGUUUGAAACGAUUGCCUCGCCAGUGGGCAUGGAGGGUGAUGAGCAUGGGAAAUACGAUCUUUCCUACUGGGAGGACUCUCUGGGUGUGACCCAUCGACAGAGUUCUAAUCUUCAGCGGUGUCUCGAGCAUCUCGAUGACUUUUUGGCCCAAACACAAAAAACGCACCACAGUGGCUACAACAGCCCUGAUGUGGAAGAAGAAGUCGAUAUUGUGCUGGCCGCUGAGCAUCUGCGGUUUGCCGCAGACUCGCUGGCCAAGAUCACCGGUAAAGGGGACGGUGGAGAUGUAGAGGAUGUCUUGGGUGUGGUCUUUGAAAAAUUUUGCGUUGGCAAAUGA